AUGGGCUCGCUGUUCCGGAGCGAGAGCAUGUGCCUGGCGCAGCUCUUCCUGCAGGCAGGCACGGCCUACGAGUGCCUCAGCGCCCUGGGCGAGAAAGGCCUGGUCCAGUUCCGAGACCUCAACCAGAAUGUAAGUUCCUUUCAAAGAAAAUUUGUUGGUGAGAUGAAGAGAUGUGAAGAGCUGGAGAGAAUAUUGGCGUACUUGGUGCAGGAGAUCAACAGAGCAGGCAUCCCCCUUCCUGAAGGAGAGACCAGCCCUCCUGCGCCACCACUGAAGCAGGUGUUAGAGAUGCAGGAGCAGCUGCAGAAACUGGAGGUUGAACUGCGAGAGGUAACGAUGAACAAGGAGAAACUCAGGAAAAACUUGCUGGAGCUGAUCGAGUACACUCACAUGCUGAGGGUGACCAAGACGUUCGUGAAGCGCAACGUGGAGUUUGAACCCACGUACGAAGAGUUCCCUCCCGUAGAGAGCGAGUCUUUGCUGGACUACAGCUGCAUGCAGAGGCUUGGAGCAAAAUUGGGCUUUGUGUCUGGACUUAUUAGCCAAGGGAAAGUGGAAGCAUUUGAAAAAAUGCUACCGUGCUUCAUUCUGUCUCGCAGUUACCACUGCCAUGUCUACCCCUACCCCAAUACGGUGGAGGGGCGCAAGGAGGUCCAGGAGGGGCUCAACACCCGCAUUCAGGACCUGUACACCGUGCUGCACAAGACAGAGGACUACCUGAGGCAGGUGCUCUGUAAGGCGGCUGAGUCGGUCUACACCCGCGCCGUGCAGGUGAAGAAGAUGAAAGCCAUCUACCACAUGCUCAACAUGUGCAGCUUCGACGUCACCAACAAGUGCCUCAUUGCCGAGGUCUGGUGCCCCGAGGCCGACCUGCAGGAGCUGCGCCGAGCUCUGGAGGAAGGCUCACGAGCGAGUGGCGCCACCAUCCCCUCGUUCAUGAACACCAUCCCAACGAAGGAGACACCCCCCACCCUCAUCCGCACCAACAAGUUCACUGAGGGCUUCCAGAAUAUCGUGGACGCCUACGGCGUGGGCAGCUACCGCGAAGUGAACCCAGCUCUCUUCACCAUCAUCACGUUCCCCUUUUUGUUUGCUGUGAUGUUUGGAGACUUUGGACAUGGCUUUGUGAUGUUCCUGUUUGCCCUCUUGUUGGUGUUGAACGAAAACCACCCCAGGCUGCAGCAGUCACAAGAGAUCCUGAGAAUGUUCUUUGAUGGCCGGUACAUCCUUUUGCUGAUGGGCUUAUUCUCCGUGUACACCGGCCUCAUCUACAACGACUGCUUUUCAAAGUCCGUGAACCUUUUUGGCUCGGCGUGGAACGUGUCUGCCAUGUACAGCUCCAGCCACAGCUCCCAGGAGCAUCAGAACAUGGUACUCUGGAACGACAGCGUGGUCAGGCACAACAAGAUUCUGCAGCUGGACCCCAGUGUCCCAGGAGUGUUCCGAGGCCCUUACCCCUUUGGUAUUGAUCCGAUUUGGAACUUGGCCACAAAUCGCCUCACGUUUCUAAACUCUUUCAAGAUGAAAAUGUCGGUGAUUUUGGGAAUUAUUCACAUGACUUUUGGAGUGUCCUUGGGGAUAUUUAACCACCUGCAUUUCCGGAAGAAGUUCAAUAUUUAUCUGGUUUCCAUCCCAGAACUGCUCUUCAUGCUUUGCAUCUUUGGAUACCUGAUAUUCAUGAUCAUCUACAAGUGGCUGGUUUUCUCCGCAGAGACCUCCCGAGUUGCUCCCAGCAUCCUGAUUGAGUUCAUUAACAUGUUUCUAUUCCCAGCCAGCGAAACUAUUGGCCUUUAUCCAGGGCAGGAGUACGUCCAGCGGCUGCUGCUGCUGGUCACGGCCCUGUCUGUCCCCAUCCUCUUCCUGGGAAAGCCGCUCUUCCUGCUGUGGCUGCACAACGGACGCAGCUGCUUCGGAGUCAGCCGGGGAGGUUAUACCCUCGUGAGGAAAGACAGCGAGGAGGAGGUGUCCCUGCUGGGGUGCCAGGACAUAGAAGAGGGCAGUCCCCGCAUGGAAGACGGCUGUCGAGAAAUGACCAGUGAGGAGUUUAAUUUUGGAGAAAUCUUAAUGACUCAAGUAAUCCACUCAAUCGAGUACUGCCUUGGCUGCAUCUCCAACACUGCCUCGUACCUGAGGCUCUGGGCACUCAGUUUGGCUCAUGCACAGCUGUCGGACGUGCUGUGGGCCAUGCUGAUGCGUGUGGGCCUCCGCGUGGACAACACCUCCGGGGUCCUGCUGCUGCUCCCCGUCAUCGCGUUCUUCGCCGUGCUGACCAUCUUCAUCCUCCUGGUGAUGGAGGGGCUGUCCGCCUUCCUUCAUGCCAUCCGCCUCCACUGGGUAGAAUUUCAGAACAAAUUUUACGUCGGUGCAGGCACCAAAUUUGUCCCCUUCUCGUUUAAUCUGCUUUCAUCCAAGUUCAACAGCGAUGACCUGGCCUGAUGUGCAUCGCUGUACCCAACAUGCUCUCAGAUUGAUGGAGACUUAUCAUGUUGUAGAGUCCCACCUACGUCAGAUUUCUGAUGGGAAAGAGCUCCACUUCAGAGCCCCUCUUCAUCGACUGCCUUACGAUAGAGCCAAAUAACUGUAACAUAUACCUCUUCCUCACACGUUAAAUCUUUUGAAAAGCAUUCUGAUUUCAGAUACAUGCAUUUCUUGCGGUGGUUUUUAUCGUGAGCAGAUAGGCAUUAAGGCCAGAUGCUCAGUUCUGAAACAUAAGACUGGAGAAGAAGCCGAUUUUGAAUGGCAAGUUGAAAUUGGUCCUCGGUACCCUAUUCCUUUCACCCUAUUAAAAAAGCCAGAGAGCUAUUCUGUCGCCCAAGUUACCAGAUAAUAUUUUCCAGCUGCUUAUGUUAAGCAUAGCAUGUUCUUUUUAAAAAACUAAUGAUGGAUCAUCAAACGAUUCACAAUCAUUCUGCCAGAUUAAUAGUAGGCAUACAUUUUGUAUCAUCUGCUACCGAGAGUGGCAAAGAGGGGAUUGUUUUUAACCAUUUUGUCUGUUUUUGAUAACGGGAAAAUAAGAUUGUAAGCCAAAACAAGAGCAAAGCAUACAGCAAGUAGUGAUGCCACUUGUAUAUUUUUCUAAAGCCUCUUGCUAUUAUCCUUCCAGAAAAGCAAUUGUGAUCAUUGUCUUUUAAAAGAUGAACUAACUGCACUGAGCCCAUCUACCCCGUGAGACUGGAGAAGAUGCAGUCGGGACAGGGCUUGAACAUAGCGUCCAACUUGGCUGGUGUCGCUGACCCAGAAGAGUGAAGGAACGGUAGAAAGUAGCAUUUUGUAUAUUUUUAUACAUAAAAGUCUAUAUAUAUAUAUAUAUAUAUAUGAAGGGGUUUUACCGAGAAGAAAUGGCAUCUAUCUUUGAGAACAGUAUAAAGAAGGGUUUUUGUUUUUUAACUUUCACAUGAAUUCUAAAUAAAGGUCUGGUGAUUGUAUUGAGAGUGAAUUCAAACUUACGGACAUGAUUUGGAUCAGCCUGAGAUGAAUUGCUCUGAUUAAGCCAUACAUUUAUACUUAGCUUCACUCGGUCUUUCCACCCGACUCUGGUUUGAGUGAGUUUGUUGCCUGUUGAACACUAACCCCUCCAGUGUUCUUGUAAGCUGUCAUCUUUCCCUGCUUUACUUUAAUGGUACAGUCUUUUUCAUGAUUAAGUCUAAGGUUUCUUCCUGGGCUCAAGAUUCCGAGUCAGCUACAGUCUCUGCAGUCCCCAGACGUCUGUGCUGCUCGGUGGUUGAGUUUGUCGCUGUCACUCGUCGCACUGCCCUGUUCACGCAUGCCUUUCGAGGUCCUGGCUGCUGAGAGGCAUUUGACUCAUUUGACCCCCUGGCCUGGACAGUAAAAAUACCUCCUUGCUCCUGUCCCAGAUGUGUUGCCCAGAGCCCAUUAGGAUGCCCUGCUUCUCUUCCUUGCAUUAAAAUACCAGUCAGGAAACAAUGCUGAUGAAUUGCUUGCAAAUAAUUCUAUUUAAGUUCCAUUUCCCCAGGCAGGGUCAAGGUUGGACAUGCUUUCAGGGGAACUCCCCCGAAAGUGGUCCAGGGGUCUGCUGUAAUAGGAUGGUGACUCGGUCCUCUAGGAAACCCAGUAGUUCUAGGCGGUAGGAAGGGAUCGGUCAGCCAGGCAGACCUUGGGUCUUCAGGAGCCCUGUUCAGACAGUCCCGGGAGAUACUGUGGGUUCGGUUGCAGACUUCUGCAAGCAAGGGAGGAUCCCAAAGCGGUUUGUGUUUUCUCAGUGCGCAGAAAAGUGUGUGGGGAAAAGACCAAGCUUUCUACUCCUAUAAAGAGUUACAGCCUUGGAAACCCACAGGGGCAGCUCUCCCCUGUCCUGUAGGGUCGAUGGCAGUGAGUUUAUUUUGUUCUUAAAUGUGUAACAGAAUGAGAAUGACCAUGGUAGGACACAGGCACAAGGUGAGCACAGGGUGUCGGGAAAAGGGCACCUCCAUGCAGGGUUGCCAGCGACCAGUUUGUAAAAAUAGCAGCACCGCCCCACACUGCAGUAUCUGAAGUGUGUGCCUGCCCUGCCCCAGCGGGCGAGUUCCACAGGGCCACUGUAAUCCCUCUUAGCGGGACACUGGUAAGUAGGACACAGAGCACAGUGAACGGUCGCUCUUCAGUGGAAACCAAACUAGAUAGUGGUUCUUUCUAAUGUAAAUAGGGUGGGGGAGGGAUAGGCGCCCUUCACAGUUUGUGGGAAGAUUCCGGUAUCUUUUCAUUCCAUUUCCCGUGAACUUGCAGGUGAAAACAGUGCUUAAUCCUAACUUUUUGCAGAAGGUCUCAGCGGAGACCGAUGAGAUCGUCUUGUGAAAGCUUGCUCCCUCGGAAACCCCAGGGAGCAGUUCUCUAUGCUGCUGGGCCACUGUGAGUCACAGUGGACCCCGGGAUGGUGGACCUGCUUGUGAAAGGAGCCGGGAAGGAUGGUCCAAGGGUGUCUUGAGCAUCAGAGGACAUUCCAGUGUCACGUUGCCAGAGAAGUCACUGUGUUGUACGUGAUUCCAAAGACCCUCGUUGUUUCAUUGAAGGCAGCCACCCAGAGACAAAGGCCCCUUGUCAGGGUGGAUGCUCAGUGUGUGCUCAUUUUCCUCCAGCGACGGUCACGGCGGGUGCAUCUUUUCAGUUCUCACUCAGAUGUUGACUGCCACCUGUAAACGGAGCCAGAAACCCCAGGGAUUUCCUCAGUGCGGUAGAAUUGACUUCCAGCGUACGAGGGCGGAGCCCAUCCUUAGGGUGAUGCCAUUGUGGUGAGGGGCUCAGGAGUUGCCAGAGAGGGUGUCAUGGGCCCUUCCGCAGGCUGCCUCCCCCCCCACACACACACACCUUCAGUGGGAACCCUAACCACCACCUGGUCUGCAUCCUCACCUUCAGGAUUCUGGGACACAGAGAACUGGUCAGCCUCUUGAUGUUGACGGAAGAGGUCCUCAAGACACUCCAGGGCCACGCUCGUCUCGGCAAACAAGCAAAGUACCUUCUGCAGCUGGCCCGCAAUCUGCACUUGGAAACAAACGUCCUGGGUAAAGACAGUCUCCUUGGACGCCAUGGGGGACAUCUCCUCCCAAGUUACUGAGAAACCCUGAUCCAAGAGAAUGGACACAGCUGUUUGAGCGACACUUUUCCUACUGGGGGUGAAGGGUGACGGAUUUGAAGAGACCUGGGUUAUUCCUGCCAUAGUUAGUUCCCCAGUGCUGCUGCAGCGGGAACCACCACAGGUGGCUGGCUGGUGGGGGGCUUCGGGGUGCCAACUCUGGAGGAAGGUCCUUAUCUCUGGACCCCCUGCUCCUGGGCUACCUUGUAUGCCUGAACCUCUCUCCCCUAUCUCUGCUGUACGUGCUGGUGUAAUUUCUUCACACCCCAGAAGAGAUCCACUCCACACAACCUGCCCUAAUCCUAGCUCCUUAACAAAGGGUUAAGGGUUAUAACAAAUGGGUUAUAUUCACAGGCACCGAGGUUUGGACUGUCUUAUUUCGGGGGGAAGGGGCACACUUCAAACCUGAACAUUUCCACUGACCUGCCCUUUGUUAGGAAAACCAAUAAGGGAGCUGGUUGUGUGUGUAUGUUGGGGGGUGAGGGAAAAGAUGGAGCAGGCGAGUAACUGUCUACAAAUGCGUGAACGGAUACAUUGCAGCUUCCUGUCAGUAUUGAACUACUUUUACUAAUGAUAAAUAAAUACAUAUAUAUUUGUAA